AUGAGCGCCGAGACUGCCAGCAAGGAAGUUACCAAAAGCAAGAUUUUGAAGCAAGUCGAGUUCUAUUUCAGUGACUCCAACUUGCCCUAUGACAAAUACCUCUGGUCCUUGUUCAAGAAGACACCUGAAGGAUGGAUCGAUAUCAAGACCAUUGCUAGCUUCAAGAAGAUGAAGAAGAUCUCCACCGAUCAGGAUCUGAUCGUCGAAGCCUUGAAGGAAUCACCCGAAAUGCUGGAAGUCAGCGAAGACAACGAGAAAGUGCGAAGAAAGACUCAGCUCGAAAAGCAGGACCACAUCUCUCGUAGUAUCUAUGCUAAAGGUUUCCCAUUGAUGGACAACGACGCAGACAAGCUCAUGGAUCUCCAGGAUAAGAUUGAUGAGUUUUUCUCCCAAUAUGGAAAAGUUUUGUGCGUUCGCAUGAAGAAGGAACAUGUCAAACCCUUCAAUUUCAAGGGCAGCGCUUAUAUUGAGUUCUCUUCACCUGAAGAAUCGGAUAAGGUUGCAAAGAUGGAUCUUGAAUUCGAAGGCAACAAGCUUGAGGUCAAGACGAGAAAGGACUACAUUGCUGUCAAGUCGGAAGAAUACAACAAUAAACCCAGAACGGACCGUGUCUUUAAGAAGAAGGCCUUCAACGCAUGGUACCAAGACGUUUCCGCCAACUCGACACAAAAGAGAGCACGUGAAAACGAUCAAGGUUUGGCUGAACCCAACGAAAAGAAGCCCAAAUCUGAGGAAACCCCCGCGGCCGAAAACAAAGAGUCCACCGACUAG